AUGCCCUCUCAACAAACCCCCAAAUCCAGGGGCUCAUCAGGCCUAACACGUCUGUACCUCAUUGUCUACAACUCCGUCAGCCUCGCCCUUUGGGCAACCUGUACCCUACGGGGUUUCUAUCUCCUUGUUAAUCUUGUCCUCUCCGGUUCCGAUAUCCCAUCGAUUAUCCCGACCGUCUUCAACGAGAUUUUCUCCCCGCUGCUCCUAACCACCCAGACCCUGGCCGUGCUAGAGAUCCUGCAUAGUCUGCUCGGGCUUGUGCGCGCCCCGGUCCUCACGACAGCCAUGCAGGUCGCCAGUCGCUUGCUGGUGGUCUGGGGUGUGAUGUUCCUGUUCCGUGACGGGGUUGUCCUGGGUCGUGGGGAGGUGGUGCGCGAGGCGAAAGUAGGCGAUUAUGCCUUCUUCGGGUGCUUAGGUGCUUGGGGCGUUACGGAGUGUAUUCGAUAUGGGUUUUUUGCGUUGCAGGUUCUGGGGACGGGGGUGCCUGGGUGGUGGACUUGGUUGAGAUAUAAUACGUUUUAUGUGCUCUAUCCGUUGGGUAUUACCAGUGAGUGUGUUUUGGUUUUUAAGGCUCUGGCUCCGGCUAAGGAGCUGAAUCCCCUCUACCGGUGGCUCUUGAUCGUUGUGCUGGGUAUCUAUGUCCCUGGGUCAUAUAUCUUGUACUCUCAUAUGAUUGCGCAGAGGAAGAAGGUGCUGAAGAAGAGGGCGGAAUAG